CCUGGGUACUCGCCACGUACCACGACACUCAUCAUGUCGGUAUCUUGCAACAAAAACACUAAAGGAUGCUGCCACGGCAAGCUCGACGACAUCUACAAGCAAAUUGCGACAAUGGAGUGCAAGGGCAAGUACAAGGUGGACCUCCUGCUCAUCUGUGGCGACUUUCAAGCCACCCGGAACGCCCAGGACCUCGAAUGCAUGGCGGUCCCGUCUAAACAUAAGCGCCUGAACGAUUUCCCACAGUACUACACAGGCAAAAAGACGGCGCCGAUUCUGACGGUGUUUGUUGGCGGGAACCACGAAGCGUCCAACUACCUCGCCGAGCUGCACUACGGCGGAUGGGUGGCGCCAAACCAGUACUACCUGGGCCGAUCAGGGUGUAUCCAAGUAAACGGGGUACGAAUCGCAGGGGCGUCGGGAAUAUACACAGAGAAACGGUAUCAAGUGGGCUACUGUGAAAAACUGCCAUACGACCAAUACGCGAUCAAGUCAAUAUACCGCAUCCGUCAAUACGACAUUCUCAAGCUUUCUCUGCUCACGAAACCACAUAUCUUUCUUUCACAUGACUGGCCCCAGGGGAUAACCGAGCACGGCGACCUUGAAGCCCUGCUUAAAGCAAAGCCAGAGUUCCAGUCCGAGAUCGCCGACGGCACAUUUGGAGCGCCCCCGCUCAUGGAUCUGCUGCAGAGACUCAAACCAGAGCGGUGGUUCGCUGCACAUAUGCACGUUCUCUUCAAAGCGACUGUCAAGCACGACGACUCUAUCACAAACUUCACUGCCCUGGAUAAAUGUCUCCCCAGACGCAACUGUAUAGAGGUCAUCGACGUGCCCGCGAUAGCUGGGAGCACAAAACUGGCCUUUGACCCCGAAUGGCUUGCCAUCACGCGUGCCUUCCAGCCGUACUUGAACGACACCUCAGGGAGAUCGCUGCUGCCCCCGCACCGUCUAUGCAGCCAACUCGUCCAGAAGCAGCUCCAAUGGGUGCUGGAGCACGUUGGAGAAGGUCAGCCUGUGACUUGUGUGCAGCAGUUCCGGCCCACGGCUCCUGGCCCUACGGGAAGAGAAGGCAAGAGGCAGCCCCCGAUAUACUUUAACCACCAAACAGAGGCAUUCUGUGAUAUGCUGCAUAUUCCGGACCUCAUUAAUCCUCGGACAUCAUUUUGGUCUUAAAAAGAGUACAAUUUAUUCCAGAGCCAUCGUACCUA